AGAUGCACCAAGAGGACUUACUUUUAACUACUGUGCAGUAAAUGGUUGCUUUGUGGAAGGAAACUCAUCUGUUAAAGUCCAAGAAGGAAACUCCCUGUACCUGCGGUGCGAUGCUGACGGUAACCCUGUGGCAAAUGUGUCCUGGGUGAAACAAAUGCAGAACGGCACAAUCACCCAAAUAUCACUCACAGCACAACUGAAUGUGACUAAUGUAACAGCUGAACAUGGGGGAAAUUAUAUGUGUCAGACAAUAAACAGAAUUGGAAAUACAAGUAAAUCCAUCUCCGUGGUUGUUAUCAAAACUCUCACAAAGGAUAAGAUCCAUCUUGAGGGAUUCAUGUUUGGAGGAAUUUUUGUCUUACUCCUCGCUGCAAUAACAGCCGUUUUGGUGAUGAGAUACAAGAAAAAGAGGAGGCCACCAGAGGAGGUUGAAGGAAGUCAACGGUCACCACCAAAUAAUUAUGAAGUAGUUUACGCCAACAUAAAAAGAAAAACACGGGAACCCAACAUGGACCCCAGCCCGCCAAAUGAAGGUGAAAGCCCUGAUAAAGACCUGCAAUACGUGACCCUUGAUUUCUCAAAGUUGAAACCAAAAAGUUCUCCAGAACCGCAAGAGACUUUAUAUACAGAAGUCAAACGGAAAUAACACCAGGAAUAGGCGUAUAAGGGAGGAGCCUCAGCAGUGGCAUUUUGUACUCAGUGACACCAUGAUGUCUAUUGGCUCUUAUCAGAACUUUACAUUACCAGUCACAUAAUAGUGAACAGUCUGGCCUCAGGAACAAUUUACUAUGACUCUGCAUUGACAAGAACAACUGAAUUUAUCUUUGUAAAAAAAGAUGAGAUUCUGAAAAAAAUGGUCUUUUCGAAUUCAAUUCUUUUCUUCAAAAACAUUUUCAGGCUGCUCAAAAGCUGGAAAGUGACCAAUAGAAUGGCAACUCAUCUGGCAAUUUACAGUGUAUAUAGGGCAUAAGGAAAAGUGUCAGAAAUGACCAACAAACAUACUGUAUAUAUAAUAUUUAUACAGCUCAUGGUCAGUUAGUAAUGUGAAUUACCACUUUGUAUUUUGCAAAUUUUAACAGGUACAAAGAAUAAUAGACAGACAGAAUAAAUAGAUAGAUGAUAGAUAGAUAGAUAGAUAGAUAGAUAGAUAGAUAGAUAGAUACUGUAGAUAGAUUAAUAGUUGAGGGAUCCCAAUAGAGAAACAUUUACUGAUCACCUGACAGAAAAUAAUGAAGGUUCUCACUGUAACAGGAAGUGCGGGAGUAAAGGACCUUCCUCUGCCUAUUCAUUGGCUGAUGUGACCUAGCAUGUACAGUAAG